ACCGCCGAUACCCCAGCUCGUGCUAUACGGACGUGCUUGUGAUUUUCAUGGAACGUAUGUCCUUAAUUAUACACUGAGCAACUCAGCCAUGUGCAAUGACUGGGCUGCCGGUUCUCUACAAGUGCAGCCCCCGAUAGGUUCUGCUAAGGAUGCCCUUCUUCAAUCCCACGAGCCACGCAAGAUAAGAGCGCUGUAUAGACUUUGUGAGAAGUCUGAUUCGAGCCUACGUAACGUUUGGUGGAGAAUGCGAUCAUCCAUUCAAGAAGAGGUCAUCGGCUUUAAAGCUCGGUGAAGGCUUCCGGCCCAUCUGCAAAAGCGUCAUCUCAACUUGUGACCCGCGAUGGCAAGCCUCCCCGACCAUACCAAAGCCGAGCUUGACAAGAUUCUGCGAGAUGUUACGAGCAGUGACAAGAACAAGAUACCCGGAGUGUUGUUCGCUGCUGUUGGGCGGGACGGAAAGCCUCUUUAUGUCGGUGCAGAGGGCGUACGAGCCAUCGGGCAAGAGGCUAAGAUGACUCCUGAUACGGUCUUGUGGAUAGCGUCUCUUACGAAGACGGUGACCGGGAUCGCAGCACUCCAGCUCAUUGAGCAAGGAAAGCUGUUGCUAGAUGACGCGGCGCAAAUUGCCCAGCUCCUGCCCGAGCUGUCGCAGGCGAAGGUCGUCUCAGGUAGCAACGUCAACGGCUUCAGCUACACACCCAUACAAGGGGAAACCACAUUACGAAGUCUUUUGACCCACACGAGCGGACACUCUUACACGUUUUUCGACAAGAAGCUCAGAGAUAUCGUCGGGACUGGGCCAUGCCAGGAUGAGUUUUCUGGACGCCCGGAUGCUUUCAAUCAGCCUCUCGUUCAUCAGCCAAACAGCACGUUUUCGUAUGGGAUAGGCAUUGAUUGGGUUGGGAUCCUCAUCGAACGCGUCACGGGGAAGAAGCUUGGUACAUACUUUGACGACCACAUCUUUGGUCCUCUUGGCCUGAAAGACACAGCGUUCGAGGUCAAACCACACAUGCGUCCCAGGCUUUCGGGAAUGCACGCGCGUCUUUCUGAGGAUACUAUCAUUGAGCAGCCACAUCGUCCAAUUGGUUACGCCGUGGAGAAUGAAUUCCAUUCGGGUGGUGGCGGACUAUUUUCUACGAUACACGACUAUCUCAUGAUGAUCGCCAUCUUCAUGAACGACGGGAAGGGGUGGAAUGGCGCUCAGAUUCUCAAGCCUCAGACUGUAGCUCUCGCUACUCGAGAUAAUAUGCCUUCUGCGCUCGCACCUGCAAUGGACGCUCCUGUGUAUUCUUCUCGAGAGGAUCUGGCUAACGACCUGCCGAAUAUCUUCCCAGGUUCUGUAAAGGGAUGGGGAUUGACGUUCAUGAUAUCCAAAAACGAGCUACCAACAGGCCGCUCGCCCGGGUCUAUCAACUGGUGUGCGCUGUGCAACAUAUUCUGGUGGGUAGAUAUCAAGAAAGGCGUCGCUGGAAUGCUCGCUACUCAGAUCCUCCCUCUGUUCGAUGCCCCCGUUGUGGGCACGCUCUUCAAAGCUGAGGCGGAGCUGUACCGAGGACUAGCUGAGUCUCCACAGGCACGGCUUUGA